UUGGUAUAAAAACGACAAUACCUAGUUUCAUUCCUUCUGGCACUUGUUGAAGAUAGAUUCCACAUGAAAAACACUUGUAGGACACUGCACGUGUAAUCCAGAGAGAGAAAGAGUGUACACAAGCCUUUGAAUAGACUCCGUUAACCAUGGGCUGAAGGAAUAAAACAUUCCCUUCAGAAUUUAAUUGCCAAACACAAACACAAAAACAACCUACUUCUGUUGACCAAACCUCAAACACCUUGUUCUUGUUCCUGUUUCUGUCUUCUCAAAUCCACCCUCUUUUUCCAUGUUCACAUGGCCUAGAAUUUUCAUGUUCUUCACCACCCCUCCAAGAUUCACCUACAUAUCAACAACAUAAGACCAAGAAAAAACCAAAAAUCAAGGUUGUUUCAAAAGGGGUUAUGGAAGGAGAGAGAGGUGUUAAUCCAAGCUACGAUCUUCAAGUUUCAUUCAGCAACACCCCUCAAGCAAUCCACGAAAUGGGUUUUGUCCAAUUUGAAGAAAAUCAGGUUCUUAGCUUCCUGACACCCUCAGCUCAAUCCCAAUCUUCUCAGCUCUCACAGUCUCUAACCGGUGGCAACACCGUCACCGCCGCCACAGUCACCACCACCAUCACUACCACUACCACUUCUGGAUCAGUUGGUUUUAACCAUAAUGACCUUGCAUCCAGAAGUUCUUGGAACAAUGAACAGGUUAGAACACUGGAUCCUAAAGCUGUCAAUGAUGAAAAUUGCACCGGAAAUACCAGUGAUGGCAACAACACAUG